CUUUAAACAUGUCUGAUGAAGAGGGUUUCGCUGGCGAUCUAUUUGGCGCAGAAAGCGAUCAGGACAUUGUAGAGGUUGAACCGACAUUUGAAAUAUAUACUAGAGACAAUGUACCAGAAGAUUCAUAUAGACAAGUCAAGAUCAAGUUGGUCGGUUCUCAUCCACUCUGGGCUCAUCAUUUAUGGAACGCUUCUAAAGUAUUUGCUUCACUCUUUGACACACACCCACGUCUGGUGAAAGAUAGAUAUGUUUUAGAAUUAGGAGCUGGAGGAGCGCUACCAAGUCUGAUAGCAUCGUUAAAUGGAGCUGCCAAGGUGGUAGUGACAGACUAUCCAGAUAAAGAACUGAUUGAUAAUAUACAAUACAACGUCGAUCAGAUGCCAGAACCAGUAAAGAACCAUAUCAAUGUCGAAGGGUACAUUUGGGGCAGCAACACGGAUAAACUGAAAAGUUACUUACCUGAUCGAUCAACCUAUGAUGUAAUCAUUUUGAGUGAUCUUGUCUUUAAUCAUUCACAACAUCAUGCAAUGCUCAAGACAUGUAGAGAGUUAUUGACACCCAAGACGGGCCGUGUGUAUGUGUUUUAUACGCAUCAUCGACCUCAUUUGGCACAUCGUGAUCUAGAAUUCUUUCAGAUUGCUACAAGACCCUUCAAGGAAGAUGAGGAUGAUAGAGAGCUAAUGGGUUAUGGAUUUAAAGCAGAUCAUUUUAUGAUUGAAAAGAUGGGUGUUAUGUUUAAGGAGGACCCUGGAGAUGAAGAAGUACGUGCGACUGUUCAUGGUUGGCAAUUGUGGCUAGAAUAGAUUUAAAAAUAAAAUAUAAAAUGCCAAGAAUAAAAAAAAAUAAAGCUAUUUUUACCUUCCCCC